UGGAAGUCAACAUGGAUAAGAUCCUGGAAGCCAUCUUGAAUUCUUCGUAUCCUGACCACAUGAAGCAAGGGUUAGUGCGGCGGGUCAUUGAAGCGUCAAAACAGCCGAUGGACAGCGAGCAGUGCUGGUCGAUGCUGGAACUGUCCACCAAGCUCUUCCUCGUAGGAGACACCAAAUUCAAGAGGUCUGUUGGCAAAGAGCUCCUGGAAGUUUGCGGCUAUUAUCACCAAGAGGCAUUUGAGGAGUUCUUCAACGUCCACUUCCUCUUGAGCCUUCUCCAAGAAGGCUACGGGUCCUUGGGGAAACGGAGCCUGUAUGUGUUGGACUACAUUCAGCUCGGGCUGCCGUUCGUUUUGGACCGGCCGUCGGCCAAUGACAUUUUCAGCUUGCUGAGGGUUGAGGUUCUCCGGAAAGUCUGCGAGAGGCCUGGGCUGAAACAGUGCGUGAAGAUCAGCAAGCUCUUGACCCAGUACCCACAAUGCAUUCCCACCGGCAAACGCCAAGCCCUCUUCUGCCAACAGCUCAUCAGGUGCAUUGGGCAGUUCCGCACCGUCUCGGGGAGAGAAGAGGCCAUUGUGGACUUUCUCGACCAUGUGAUCAAAGUCAGCAGCUUGCUGCAGAAGAUCUGGAAGGUCCAGGUGUCCUCCAUUCUCCCAUCGCUGAAAGAACUCUUCACGAUAAUUUCUUCAGUGGAAGAGCAGGAACCGCCAUCGAUUGCCUUAGCCAGUGUGGUCCAGUAUGUUCCACUGGAACUCAUGGACGGGAUCCUAAGAAACCUCACCAACGAUGACAGCAUUUCGGAUGUACAGAUGAUGACAGCAAUCGAUAGGAUGAUUGAAUGGGUCUCUUGGCCUCUGGGGAAAAACAUAGACAAAUGGAUCAUAGCGUUACUAAAGAGUCUGAUAUUGAUGUAUAUCUGUGGGUCGGGACCCCUUUGGGGGUCUAACGACGCUUUCACAGGAGUUGCCUAA